ACCUGGGGACGUGGUGACUAGCUUUCGGCCUGCCGACCUCGAAGGGUGGGACCCCCUCUGGCCUUCAGUGUGCUGCGUUUGGGUUAAAGGUAGCUGACGGGAAAGUGGCAAUUCUAGACGAAGGGCUGACAAGCUGGAUAGGUGACUCAAAGUUCUCAGGGGCUAUGGGGACCUCCCACCAGGCCUUCCUGGUCCUCAGCUGUCUCCUCACGGGGCCGAGCCUCGUCUCCUGCCAGCUCUUAUUACCCUCCAUCCUUCCGAACGAGAAUGAGAAGGUUGUGCAGCUGAAUUCGUCCUUUUCUCUGAGCUGCUUUGGGGAGAGUGAAGUGAGCUGGCAGCACCCCAUGUCUGAAGAAGACGACCCCAAUGUGGAAAUCAGAAAUGAGGAGAACAACAGUGGCCUCUUUGUGACAGUGCUGGAAGUCGUCAACGCCUCAGCGGCCCACACCGGAUGGUACACUUGCUAUUACAACCACACUCAGACGGAAGAGAGUGAGAUUGAAGGCAGGCACAUUUACAUCUAUGUGCCAGACCCAGACAUGGCCUUUGUGCCAUUAGGGAUGACGGAUUCUUUAGUCAUCGUGGAAGAGGAUGAUUCUGCCAUCAUACCUUGUCGCACCACAGAUCCAGAAACUCAAGUAACCUUGCACAAUAAUGGUAGGCUGGUGCUGGCCUCUUACGACAGCAGGCAGGGUUUCAACGGGACCUUCAGUGUGGGGCCAUAUAUCUGUGAGGCCACCGUCAGAGGGAGGACAUUCAAGACCGGCGAAUUUAACGUUUAUGCUUUGAAAGCAACGUCAGAACUGAAUCUGGAGAUGGAAGCCCGCCAGACUGUGUAUAAGUCAGGGGAAACGAUUGUGGUCACCUGUGCUGUCUUCAACAAUGAGGUGGUUGACCUUCAGUGGACUUACCCUGGAGAAGUGAGAAACAAAGGCGUCACCAUGCUGGAGGAGAUCAAACUCCCAUCCAUCAAAUUGGUGUACACUUUGACAGUCCCCAAGGCUACAGUGAAAGACAGUGGAGAUUAUGAAUGUGCUGCCCGCCAGGCCACUAAGGAGGUCAAAGAAAUGAAGAAAGUCACCAUUUCCGUCCACGAGAAAGGUUUUGUUGAGAUCAAACCCACCUUUGGCCAGCUGGAAGCUGUCAACUUGCAUCAGGUCCGAGAGUUUGUGGUGGAGGUGCAGGCCUACCCUACUCCCAAGAUAUCCUGGCUGAAGGACAACUUGACUCUGAUUGAGAAUCUCACUGAGAUCACCACUGAUGUGCAGAAGAGCCAGGAAACAAGAUAUCAAAGCAAAUUAAAGCUGAUCCGGGCCAAGGAAGAAGACAGUGGCCAUUAUACCAUUAUAGUUCAAAAUGACGAUGACGUGAAGAGUUACACGUUUGAGCUGUCAACUCUAGUUCCUGCAUCCAUCCUGGAGCUUGUGGAUGACCACCAUGGUUCUGGCGGGGGACAGACUGUGAGAUGCACAGCUGAAGGCACACCACUUCCGGACAUCGAGUGGAUGAUCUGCAAGGAUAUUAAGAAAUGUAAUAAUGACACUUCAUGGACAACUUUGGCCAGCAACGUCUCAAAUAUCAUCACAGAGUUCCAUCGCCGAGGCAGGAGUACUGUAGAGGGACGAGUGUCCUUUGCCAAAGUGGAAGAGACCAUUGCAGUUCGAUGCCUGGCAAAGAAUGACCUUGGCACUGGGAACCGAGAGCUGAAGCUGGUGGCUCCUACCCUGCGUUCUGAACUCACGGUGGCGGCUGCAGUGUUGGUACUGUUGGUGAUUGUCAUCGUUUCUCUCAUUGUCCUGGUUGUCAUUUGGAAGCAGAAGCCACGCUAUGAAAUUCGCUGGAGGGUCAUUGAGUCUAUCAGCCCCGAUGGACACGAAUAUAUUUAUGUGGAUCCAAUGCAGCUGCCUUACGACUCCAGAUGGGAAUUCCCGAGGGAUGGACUAGUGCUUGGUCGGAUCUUAGGAUCUGGUGCAUUUGGGAAAGUGGUUGAAGGCACAGCCUAUGGAUUAAGCCGGUCCCAGCCUGUUAUGAAGGUGGCAGUAAAGAUGCUUAAACCUACAGCAAGAUCCAGUGAAAAGCAAGCUCUCAUGUCUGAGCUGAAGAUAAUGACCCACUUGGGACCACACUUGAACAUCGUGAACUUGCUGGGAGCCUGCACCAAGUCAGGUCCCAUUUACAUCAUUACUGAGUACUGCUUCUAUGGUGAUUUGGUCAACUAUUUGCAUAAGAAUCGAGAUAGCUUCAUGAGCCGGCACCCAGAGAAGCCAAAGAAAGAGCUGGACAUCUUUGGAUUGAAUCCUGCCGACGACAGUACAAGGAGUUAUGUGAUUUUAUCUUUUGAAAACAAUGGUGACUACAUGGACAUGAAGCAAGCUGAUACCACACAGUAUGUCCCCAUGCUCGAAAGGAAAGAAGUCUCUAAAUACUCUGACAUCCAGAGAUCGCUGUAUGAUCGGCCAGCUUCCUAUAAGAAGAAAUCUAUGCUAGACUCAGGAGACAAAAACCUCCUUUCUGAUGAUGACUCCGAGGGUCUUACUUUGCUGGAUUUAUUGAGCUUCACCUAUCAAGUUGCCCGAGGAAUGGAAUUUUUGGCUUCCAAAAAUUGCGUCCACCGGGACCUGGCUGCCCGCAACGUACUUCUGGCACAAGGGAAAAUUGUAAAGAUCUGUGACUUUGGCCUGGCCAGAGACAUCAUGCACGAUUCCAACUACGUGUCAAAAGGCAGUACUUUCCUGCCCGUGAAGUGGAUGGCUCCUGAGAGCAUCUUUGACAACCUCUAUACCACACUGAGUGACGUCUGGUCUUACGGCAUUUUGCUCUGGGAAAUCUUUUCCCUUGGUGGCACACCCUACCCUGGCAUGAUGGUUGAUUCUACUUUCUACAAUAUGGCCAAACCUGAUCAUGCCACCAGUGAAGUCUAUGAGAUUAUGGUGCAGUGCUGGAACAGUGAACCUGAAAAGAGACCCUCCUUCUACCACCUGAGUGAGAUAGUAGAGAAUCUGCUGCCUGGACAAUAUAAAAAGAGUUAUGAAAAGAUUCACCUGGACUUCCUAAAGAGUGACCAUCCGGCCGUGGCACGAAUGCGUGUGGACUCUGAGAACUCGUACAUUGGUGUCACUUACAAAAAUGAAGAUGACAAGCUGAAGGACUGGGAAGGUGGCCUGGAUGAACAGAGACUGAGUGCAGACAGUGGCUACAUUAUCCCCCUGCCAGACAUUGACCCUGUUCCAGAGGAGGAAGACCUGGGCAAGAGGAACAGACACAGCUCGCAGACCUCAGAAGAGAGUGCCAUCGAGACUGGUUCCAGCAGUUCCACCUUCAUCAAGAGAGAGGAUGAGACCAUUGAGGACAUCGACAUGAUGGAUGACAUUGGCAUAGACUCCUCAGACCUGGUGGAGGACAGCUUCCUGUAA